AUGCCGGAGGCUUGUUUUCUUUGCCUAGACUCGAGCGAGUAUAUGCGAGAUGGGGAUCAGUUUCCUAAUCGCCUCAUGGCAGAGCAGGAGGCCGCGAAUCUUUUGGUUAAUGCAAAGAUUCAAAGGAAUGCUGAAAAUGUUGUCGGAUUUUUGACCACCGGCGGUUCAGCAUGUACAGUAUACGAGACGCUAACUUUAGAUGUGGAUCGCGUCAUGGCAAGCCUUUCGAAAGUCACUAUCCGGGGCCCCAAGUGUCACUUUGCCAAGGGCCUGCUUAUUGCCUCGCUAGCCCUUACCCACCGCACCAACCCUCGUGCAGAAAAGCGUAUUGUUGCCUUCGUUGGGUCGCCUGUUCAGGAGACUCCCAAGGAUCUGGAGACACUCGCCAAGAAGCUGCGAAAAGAGGAUGUGGCCGUUGACAUCGUGAGCUUCGGUGUGGAGGAGAACGUGCCGCUGCUCGAGUCGUUUGUCCAGAAAGUCAGCCGCAAUGACAAUUCCCGAUUACUCAGUGUCCCGAAGGACGCCAACCUCACCGACGUUCUCAUGGGCAGCACGAUUUUCCACGAUGAGGAAAUUUUCAGCCCCGAGCGCGGUGGCGGCGCGAGCGUCGGCUUUGGCGUGGAUCCGAACGUGGAUCCCGAGCUCGCGAUGGCCCUGCGCCUUUCCCUCGAAGAGGAGGAGCAGCGGCAGGCGGCCAACGCCACCCGACCCACCACGGCGCCUGUAGAGACGGACAUUUCGAACAUGUCCGAGGAGGAAAUGCUGCGGCGGGCGCUGGCCUUGUCUAUGGAAGACGCGCCCUCUGCCCAACCCCACGAUCCGUUAGUGGCACCCAAUGCACCCACCAAGGAGAAUGAGGAGGGCGAUGCCGAUCCUAAGAAGGAGUAG